AUGGUGAAAAACCAAAAUCCUACCAGUCAGAGGCGACGAGGCGGCCAGUGGCAUUGUGGCAUCAAGUGCCCAAAGAAAGUGCGAGGAAGAGGAGAGCCGGAAAGCGGCAAACGCACAAGCCAUAAAAUAACCUGCAGCUCCGGAGCAGCACAUCUCGCGCCCGAUUUUUUUUACAUAAUCCAAGAAGUUCCUGAUUGUUUCGUUGUUCCAGCCUAUUCGUGUUUUGAUCAGUUUUUCUCUCAUCACUUAGAGAAAACUUCGAAAUUCGGCGCUGCAAUGGAAACAUUAGUAAAAAAGUUAGGUGCCCUCUACCUGGACAAAGCAACGAGUUGGAUGCCCAUUUGGUUCGAGAUGGACCCAGAAAAGUUGCGGAUUCUUGGAAAUGAUUGCUUUGCGAGGCACGAUUACUUCAAAGCGAUUUCCUGCUUCACCAAGAGCCUGGCUAGAUCUCCAGCUGGCAGUCGGUUGCGAGGACUCGCAUACGCCAACCGGAGCGCUGUCCUUUUGACCUUGGGACACUACAAAGAAAGCCUGGCUGAUGUGCAGACUGCCCUUGCCAACGACUAUCCCAAAGAGAUGGUUAAAAAACUGCAUCUGCGCAUGGCAGUGUGCAAGAAGAUGAUGGGAAUGACAGAAGAAGCUGAAGAAGAUUUUAGGGAAGCUUUUACAGACACGCCAAAAGCAACAAUUGAAGGUCACAAGCCAGCUCUUCCGGUGGUGCCCGUAGAGUAUGUGGAUCCUCCAAAGUUGAGCUACGGCAAAAGCGCUUUGGACCCCUUGAUUUCUUCUGCACUGCUGAUUGUGAAGGAGGAUGGUGCCUUUGUAGCAAAAAGAAAAAUCGAAAUUGGUGACGUGCUUCUUGUUGAACCACCUUUGGCCUGCUCUACUCACUGCUGUGGCAUUUUUGGUGAAUCUAAUUGGAUUUACUGCAGUGAAUGCUUGAAAAUGUGUUUGAACUUGAUGCCUUGCUCUUCAUGCUCAUGGGAUCUUUACUGCAGCAAGAAGUGCUCCAAAUUGGCUUGGGAUAAAUAUCACAGUUCUUAUUGUGUCGCCAAGAAGGAGGUGCUGGAAAAAAUCUGUGAAUUAGGACAUCCAAUAAUUAUUACCAUCCCAAUAUUUGUUCUUCCUUUACUCAGUCUAAUCUCCACCGUUGGACUGAAAAAUUGCAUCAUUUCCUCAGACGAACCUGAGCAAUCAUUGAACGUUCUUUUCAAUGCCAGGAAAACAAGAACCGCACUUGAAUUUCCCUUUGUUCAUGUCGUAAUUGAGUUAAUUGCAGACAGCUUCCAACUUAAAGGCGAGAUUGAACAAAAAUUCAUUGUGUUCAUGAAGAAGGCGCUUGAUGAAAUUCUUGCCAGGGGAGAAUAUGUCAAGCAUUCCGCUAUUGCCUUCAUCAACGACAGUGAUGAAAUGUCAUUUGGUCAGCAGCUAGUAGGAUGGGGUUUUUAUCCCAGAGCUGCUGCCAUUGUAAAUUCUUGCAAACCGAACGUUUACGCCAGCUUUUUCCAAAAGACUUUGGUGCUGAGGGCCACAAGACCAAUUGAAGAGGGAGAAGAGCUGUUCAAAUCAUCAAAUGGGAAAUUUAGCUUCUGUCCUGCAGGAGAGCAGCAAAUGAGAAAGAGUGUGUCCUUGAACUGCAACUGCGUCUCUUGUAUAAAUAACAUGAAGCUUUAUGAAGAUCUGAGCGCUGAGCUCAAAUAUAUCGGAUUUGAUGAAUAUCAGUGGGAAUUUCAUCUGCAAUACAAAGCUGACUUCGCCAGUUCUCUUGAUAGGUUUCACCCUGUGUCUACGUUGACAACAGAAAAUUACAAAAAGUGUGUGGAAAUUUUCUUGAAGCACGGAGAAGAGAAGAGAGAUGGGCUGGACUUGAAAACAGUCGAAUUCUUCGAACAAUACUUCACUUUCUUGUCUAUUAAACUUGGAGUUGGUGAACAGGGGAAGAAGCCUUACUACUUGAUCCCAAAUUAAGAUCACUGUCAUCAAUCGAGCGAACCCCUGAUGGUUAUGAGAGCCGUCGAUGUUUAAGUUCAAGUCAUUGAAAUGUUCUUGUUCGCAACCUGAAAAUAUUUGUCUAGAUUUUGUAAAAUUAUUUGAUCAUACAUGUAUUCCUCCUUUAACUUUUGUUUAGUGAUAUCAUCAAUAAAUCUCCACAUUUCUACUUUGAA